AGAACUUAGAUCAAAUGAGGUGCUGAACUGGACAAGCGACAAAAGCAUAGUAACUUUCAUGCCAAACAGAACUUACGUUUUUGAUCCGGAGACAUCUUGUGAAGGCUGUGAUGACAAGAAGGAUACAUUUACGAGUGUGAAUAUUCCACUUAUGACUCUGGCUUUGUGGGUAAGGAACAACAACUAUGACAAGAAGCAUGUAUUCUGUUUCUUUGGAAUCGAAAUUGAAGCCGAAGCAUUUAAAGUCAAGUUGUUUCAAAAAAAGACAGUGAAUCAAAUCCUCUGGGGGUACAAAGAUCCAUUCCUGGAGUUCUUAAUAAGUGCUUCGCAAGGAAUUCAUAUACCCCUCAUAAAUAAAACUGUCACUUGCCCAGGGCAGGAUGGACUUACAGACUUUAUCCAGUUACAGUAUAACAACACGUAUUAUGGAGUGAGUGCUGUGAACACUGGACAAACAGACAUCAACAAGCUUGAACAAUUUACUAUGUGGAGAGGAGAAUCCCGUUUGUCAUGGUGGAGCGACAAGUAUGCAAACAUGAUUAAUGGAACAGAUGGUACUCAAUUUUCCCCUGGUGUUAAGAAAGAUGACACAUUUUAUGCCUUUUCUCCUGAAGUUUGCAGAUCUUUAUAUUUUGUCUAUGAAUCCGAUCAGACUGUAAAGGACAUUAACCUGUUACGCUUCACUGCACCGAAGGAGCUCUAUUUGAGUGGUGAUGUUUACAAGCCUAAUAAAGGAUUCUGCGUGCCUCCAGGCUGUCUGCCGACUGGUUUGCUGAAUAUCAGCCGUUGUCAGCCAUUGAAUCCACCAGUAGUUUUAUCGCCGCCGCAUUUCUACCAAAGUGAUAAAUCUUUGUUAAAAGCAGUUGAAGGGCUCAACCCAGAGAAGAGUAAACACGAAACCUACGUUGAUAUCGAACCGAUUACUGGCAUUGUUAUGAGGGCAGCUAAAAGAAUUCAAAUCAACGUCGCCGUGGAACCUGUGAAGAUGUUUGCUCCAACCAAUUUAAACUUUUCGAGAGUUUUCCUUCCUGUGAUGUACGCCAGUGAGAGUUUUGUAAUUACCGACGGGAAAGCAGCAGAUUUUCGUCACAAGGUGUACUUGCCAAUCACAAUAACAGAGGUGAUAGAAUAUUUUCUGAUGGGGUUGGGUGCCCUUUUCAUACUAGUGGCCUUGUUGUUGCUGCUGUUUGCUACCACCAAGAAGAAGAACGCUUUGGAAUUGCGUGUAAAUGAGGGUGAUGGUCACGCCAAAGAUGAUGAGAGGCGUCCACUUAUUGGUGAUGGUAGUGCGAUGUACACCUAGAAAAAGCAUCUUACACCUACAAUCAAGAAAACGAAAUGGAGAAAUGCUGAGAAAUGUUUAUUGCAAGGAUAAGAGGAUGUCGGAAAAUCACGGAAGGACUUCUUUUUUGUAAUUACAUACCUACUUUGUAAUUGUUGCGGAAAGCUUCGUUUGAUUGCAAGAGCUUUUAAUUAUUUCUUUUGUGAAAAUGGAACUUCAUGCGCAUUCAACUAGCGAUGAUACUCAAAUUAAUGUAGAAAUUGUAGAAUUAUGAACAACUUAACAAAUACGCAUGGUUAUUUAUAAAGUUAAAGUAACAACCUAGGAUAACUUUUGUUUGCCAGUGUUAAAAUGAAAGAAAAGAACACAUCACGGUCUUCCUAGCCGGGUCAACCCAGCGAGAAGAGCUGAUCCAGCUUUUUCGCAUGUAAACCGCUUACAAACAUUUCACUGCAUAAGGUUUUCCUUCUCAGUGAUUGAACUCGGGUUAACAGGUAACUCGAAUUCGUACAAAGAGGACCCCUCCUAACUGUGUAGAAAGUGAUACGGAACUGCAUUGGUCUUGCUACACUUGAUCUUGUGAUUGAUCCAGAGAUUUCACACAUCAUUGUCUCGAUCAAGCAGAUGUCAGGACUUAAGCCUCCAUAAGCUCUCAUUACAAUUUCAGUACAAUCACAAGCUGACAAGUGAUGAGAACACAGAAAUAUAUCAAUUUUAAGAGGGAUUCUUUGUUGAUUCAAUACCAAAUUCUCCAAACUAGCAUCAUAAAAAUAGUAUGGCAGACAUAAGGAGAAUUACUAUUGCGAUCUUGCAAGUGAAAGAGUAAAAUGCGAUAGUAACGGACCAAAUGCGACUUUCUUAGUCACCCUUUGACGCGGUUUGGACAAUUUGCUUUGUCUUCACCUGGAUUACCAAUUUGUUCCUAGUGCUGUUUCUCCCUGUUCCUUGUUAACCCUUACCUCCCAAGAUCUGAAUUUUAAUUCUCCCCUCUAGCUGCAGCACAUUUCCUUGUUAAUUGGUUACGAGAAUUUGCUGCUCAAACAAGGAACCAGCCACUAAUUGAUGAGUUUGAGUAUUCUCACUGCCUGUUUGCUGGACGAUGUAUGGAUAUCAUAAGGAGAAGUUACAUAUUGAUUACUUCUGGGAGUUAAAGGGCUAAUUACUUGGGCUUUUUACUCUAAGGCUCGUAGAAAAAUAAUUUUUUCGGACAUUAAACACCUUGUAAUGCAGCUACGCAAGUCUCUAGCAACAAAAACAACUUGAAAAAUAUUAUUAAAGAAGCGUUAAGUAAAUUGGAGACGAUAUCAUUAAAUUUAAUGUUAUUAGAUGUAAAACAUCAAAAGCUUUUUAGGGCUGAGUUUUUCAAAACUUUAGGACACUGUUGCCUUGGUUACUGCCAGUCCAGUUAAACCUGGCUCACUGCCAGUCAUACUUUGAACAACUCAGCCUUAGAUGGACAUGUCGAACUGUACUCAUUUAACGUGUUUCAAGAGAAAAUUUGUGCCGCUAUUUUGAUGUUGAUCACAGUUGUUCAUCUGUCGAAAUUUUAAAGUGCUUUUGUUUUUACUUAAAUGCAUUAAAGUUACUUUUGUAAAAAGUG